AUGGACACUCAACACUCCCCAAGAGCAAACCCCUCGUCGCCCUCAUCAACUCCCCGAGAACCCCAACUUCAUCUUCCAUCCACCACCAAUCCCCCAGGCCCGCAGAACCCACCCAAGCCGCUCGUAUGGCUGAUCUUCGGUGCAACAGGCCACAUGGGCCGCUCACUCGUCAAAAAUGCCCUCUGCCGCAAUGAUCUCGUCGCUGCCGUCGGCCGCACCUUCGAAAACACCCCCGAAAGCAUGAAAGCGCUCGAAUCUGAGCAUGAAAAUUGCCUCGGCCUGCUCUGCGACGUGCGCGUUCGCGAAACCGUCAAACGAGUCAUCGAUCUGACAAUCGCACGUUUCGGCCGUAUCGAUGUUAUCGCGAAUUGCUCCGGAUAUGGUGUCUUGGGGGCAUGCGAGGACCAGGACGAAUAUGAUAUCCGGAACCAGUUUGAGACGAAUUUCACCGGGACGUUGAAUAUGAUUCAGUUGUCGUUGCCGCAUUUUCGGAAGAGGGGUGCGGGGAGGUAUUUGAUUUUUAGUUCUACGUCCGGGGCGCUGGGGGUACCCGGGCUGGGGCCGUACUGCGCGAGCAAAUAUGCGGUCGAAGGGUUAAUGGAGAGCAUGUUGUACGAGGUUGACAGUUUCAACAUCAAGGCAACCCUCGUGGAACCUGGACACAUGCGACGCGACGAUAUCGUGCAUCUAGUCUCCGACCCAGCCGGCUCCAUUCCCCCCUCCGACUCAGCGAACAACAGCAGAAACAACAACGAACAUAAUCUCUCCUCCCCGCUCCCUCUCUACGGCCACUUCCUCGUGAAACCGCCCAGCGAGCCAUACAACACGCCAUCAUCCCCUGCAGCACACGCAAAGCGAAUGCUCCUCUGGCUCGGGGACAAGCAGCCCGCGAGUGCUGUGAAAGCGGCGCAUUUGGUCUGGGAGUUGGGACAUUGUUCUUAUCCGCCGCUAAGGCUGAUUCUGGGGACGUAUGCGGUGGAGAGUAUUAGGGAUCGGUUGAAGUGUAUUAUUGAGGAAAUUGAGGAUUGGAAGCAUCUUAGUUUUCCAUCGUUAGAUCAGCCGCAGCAGCAGGGAAGUAGUGGUGGGAAUGGGAAGGAUAGGGCGGAUUCGAUGGGGUGA